UCCAUCAGUUCCUGCCAUCGCCUACUGUCAAUAGGGUCACCGGUAAGCUGUGCUGCGCCGUGCAUGCUGCUGUUCCCGCAGAUACUGCUGCUGCUCCGCGUUUUGGAUAGGGCUGAGUCUAGCACAAAGUUGCAUGAUGGAUGAUGUCACUCUCGCGUAAAAUAAUACAUAUGCAUCCACUUUGUGGGGUGUGAACACUUCCGGAGAUUUGAAAAGUUUAUUAGAAGGGGCCAUUUUUACUCCGGAUCAACCAAUGAAUUCUGGAAGGGACCAGCGGGCCCACACUUCAUCUACAUCAUCAUAAAAAUCUAGAAAUGUGACCAUUGCUUGACUGACUUUUGCUGAAAACCACAUAAUGAAAGCCCUCCAAUCCUAUAAAGGCUAUCUGAUAUCACUGGCUGCAUUCUGUUUCCUGGUGAGCAUCAUUUACCAUUGGAAAAUAAACAAGUGUGACAGACCAGGAAUACCUAUUCUUUUAUCAACUGCAAGAAAGGAGCAAGUAAGCGAAAUUGAAAAGACAGUAAGUAGAAUUUACCAUCAGGUCGAUCAAACCAUCCCCACGACAAAUAUCACUGACAAAAUGAAAUCGACCAGUGCGGAAAAGAGCAAAGCCUUCCUAAAAUAUCCGAAAGACCGAUACUGUAUUGGAGACCGAUUGAUAGUACAAGUUGACGUGUUUGACUACGUGGGCAGAAGGAAAACCUACGGUGGAGACUAUUUAAGGGCAAGAAUGUCAACAAGCACGCUCGAGGCGGGAGCUUCCGGGAGGAUUGAGGAUUUCAAUAAUGGUACCUAUCAUGUCCACUUCAUCUUAUUCUGGGAAGGUAUAAUUAAUAUUACAAUUUUUAUGAUGCACCCAAGUGAAGGGGCAUCAGCCCUGUGGAUUUAUAGAAAUAAAUGGCAUGGCUACGUAGGCCAUGUGGGCAAGUUCGAAGCGUCUCAGCGAUACAUCGAGACAAGGUGUGGAUUUGACCUUGAUGAAGGCAACGAACUGUGUGAGUAUAAAGAGGAAAAAGACGAAGAACACUUCUAUUGUAUCAAGCCUGAGGGGUUUAGCUGUGAUUCUCUUACUCAAGUGAAGAGCUGGCGUAGACACAAGACGUUACUGACUAGUCUUGAAGAGAGCUUAUUUGACGCGCCUAAUGUCAGAGUUGAAAUUCCAAAAGACUUUGGCCACAUCCAUGUAUUUCGAUGUGAGAAUAGUAUUAGUCUCAUUAAUGAAACUUGCAAAAUUGGAACAGAGUUGGAGUACCCCAGUGGAUAUGUUAUAAAAGAUGUGUGGCACCCAAAGGGAUGCAGGGCGCUGACCUAUAAAACCUUGGAUGAGCUUCAUAAGUGCUUCACACAUAAGUUCAUUUACCUUUUGGGAGACUCAACUUUAAGAAUGUGGAUGUUUUACUUUCAGAACCAUGUCAAGACACUGAAACCGUUCAUUCUCCAUGAAGAUAACUGGGCACGUCAGCUUUUAGGCUUCGAUGUGAACAACAAUAUGAAAAUGUCUUGGAAGAGGCACACCUACCCUUUUAUCAGCAGCUCGUAUCAAUCAUGGAAAGAGGAGCGCACCAUUGCUCGUGAAAUCGACUUAAUAAGAGGUGAUAAGAGAACUGUGAUCGUACUGAACAUUGGAGUGCACUUCAGAGCCUACCCCGUCUAUUACUUCAUUAAGAGACUCUGCAAUACACGCCGGGCUAUAGAGCGUCUGUUCCUUAGAAGCCCGGAAACCAAAGUGAUAAUUAAAACCGAGAACACAAGCCCCAUGAAGAAAAAUUUUGAAACAAUGAGUGAUUUUCAUGCAUCUAUACACUAUUUUAUCAUGGAAAUGGUAUUCAAGGGCCUCAAUAUUGGCUUUGUUAAUGGCUGGGACAUGACCAACUCAUUUGAUACCAAUGAGAUUCAUCCUUCGGAAAAUGUUAUUGAGAAUGAGAUUAAAAUGCUGAUGACGUAUAUCUGUUAAAAUGGUUAUACCACAAGUGUAAAACUGUUUUUUUUAGUCACCAAUCUCGAAGACUUUUUUCCAUUUCUGUGGGUGGACAGCAGCUCAUUAGGCAUCUUCAUCUCCCAGGAUGCAUUGUCCUUAACUCUUGUUAAUUUAUUUUGUCCCUGAACAGAAAAUAGUCCCUCACAUAUAGCCCCAGAGAUACAUAAAGUAUGUAAUGCCCUCACAAUUUUCUUCUCCACUAUCUAGAGAAAGAUAUACAGCAGCUAUGUAGCUGUAUGCUACAAUAUUGUUUCACUCAGGCUCUGGCUACUCUUCUCAUUGCUAUGGCUGUCUACCUUUAAAACCAACCACACCUUCCACCCUCUGUCCCUUCUCUCCACAUCAGUUCCUUCCUCCUUCCCUCACCCUUGUUCAGUUCCCAUACACUUUAUACCAUCAUACAUCACCAUUAACUAUCUUCCUCCACAGUGCAGCAUAAAAAACACCAAUAUAAAUCUUUCACCCACUUGCUGUCUCUUUCUGUUCUCCAGCUACUAGCUGCACGGGGUAUUUCACUGAAUCCUGGCCCUCCCUCUGUUGCUAACUUCAGCUUCUCCUCUGCCUUACACAGAAACCCAAAAAAUCUGAUUAAUGUUCACUGCACAUCCCCUCCAGUCUCUUUUAGCUGCGCACUCUGGAACGCAUGGUCGGUUCAUAAUAAACUACCCACGAUUUCUUCUUCUCACACUCUCUGAACUUGCUGGCCCUUACAGAAACUUGACUUCAACCCUCUGACACUGCUUCCCCCGCUGCCCUAUCCUAUGGUGGACUUCACUUCUCCCAUACCCCCAGAUCUGAUGACAGGCACGGUGGAGGAGUAGGCAUAUUACUUUCUCCACAGUGCAUGUUUCAGGUCAUUCCCCUUGUACCCUCUCUCACAUUCCCCUCUUUUGAGGUUCACACCAUUAGACUCUUCCAUCCAUUCCCCCCUGAGAGUUGCAGUUGUCUAUCGUCCCCCAGGCUCCCCCCACCAAUUUCUGGAUCACUUUGCAGCUUGGUUUCCUCACUUCCUAUCUUCUGAAUCACCAACUCUUGUUAUGGGUGAUUUAAAUAUCCCCAUUGAUGAUCCUAUCUCCCCAUCAGCCGCUCACUUUCUUUCUUUAUCCUCCUGUCUUGGCCUAUCACAACUUACUUCCUCUGCCAUGCAUGAACAGGGAAAUAUACUUGAUCUCAGUCUCAAACUUUAGUAACUUAUUGUUCCCACUUUCUGACCACAAUCUUCUUUCAUUUACCAUUAAGACAUCUCAUUUUUCUCAUGACAAUCCUACUUUUCGCACUUACAGAAACCUAAAGACCAUUAACUGCCAGCAACUUAUUAACACCCUACAAUUAGCUCUUACCCCAAUCUCUUCCCUCCCCUGUCCAGACUUGGCUGCCAAUCAUUACAACCAGACCCUCAAAACCACCCUAGAUGAAGUUGCUCCAAUAUCAAUCUGUUCCUCUCGACACAGAACACGGAAACCCUGGCACACAUCUGAAACACGUUUUCUACUGCGCUGCUCCAGAUGUGCAGAACACUUAUGGAGAAAAUCGAGAAUAUCAGCAGACUUCCUCCACUAUAAAUGUAUGCUCAAAACAUACAAUUCGGCUCUCAACAUUGCCAAACAAAAGUACUCUCUCAUCUCCUCACUCUCAAAUAACCCAAACGACUCUGACACUUUUUAUUCUCUUCUAAGCCCUAAAGUUCCAGAACCUGUCACUGACCUCUGCGCUGAUGGCAUGGCCACUUACUUCAGAGACAAGAUUGGCAGUAUCAAGUAGGAAAUAAUCUCC